AACUCAUAUAAUUUCUAUUCUAUGGUUUUUAGUGGAAAGUAUUACGAAAAAUAUAAUAGAGUUAAAUGUUUUUUUCUGUCAGUGGGAUUUUUAUACAAGCUGUCAUUUUUGUUGGCAGUAUUUUCAAAAGUAAGGUUAAGUUUCAUUGUAGAUGUUUGAUUUUGAGUACUUGAAUCGAUAAUAAAUGUAACAUUUUAGAAAAUAAAGUGACUAUUGGACGAGUUCCAAUUAAAUCCGAAGAAUGUCUUUAGAACAAACAGCAUGUGAAGAUUUGAAGGCUUUCGAAAGACGUCUGACUGAAGUAAUAGCUUGUUUACAUCCUUCUACAACGAGAUGGAGAAUUGUACUUCUUGGCGUUUCCCUGUGCGUUGCAACGGGGGCUAGUCAAUGGAUAUUUGAUCCAGAAACUCGGAUAGUCUCUUUAUCACAAUCUUUAACUAAUCAUCCAUUUUUCAUUCUGUCUACAAUAGUUUUAAUUGUGAUAUUGUUACUUGGAGUACAUAAAAGAGUAAUUGCAGCUUCAAUAAUUACCUCAAGGACACGAGAAGUUUUAGGAGAUUUCAAUAUGUCUUGUGACGACAGUGGUAAACUAAUUCUGAGACCUAGACCAACCAAUAUUACAUGACAAUUAUGUUUAUCUAGUAGCAUUUUGUAAAUACUUGUUCCAAUAGAAAAUUGUUUUCUUAAAA